CUAAACCUGGACUGUUUCACGUUUUUAGACUGUUAUACGACGGGAAUUAUGCGACGAUCAGCUUUGAUUUCUCAAAUAAUUUUCAUAUUAUGCAUAUUUGAAGAACAGAAAGCAUUCCCUACCACCACCCCUCCUAACCCCCCUACCACUCUUGGCCCUCCCACAACAACGCCAGAAUGUAUAGAAUGGGAAUCGAAAGAAGAGGACUGUCGAGGAUACACGUGUGAAAACGGACGCUGGUUGUCAUAUGGGAUCUUUCAAAGUGAACACUGUUGUAAGAUGCUGUCCGUGCCAAACCCAAUGUGCGAGGGACUCUUCCCAGAUCUUUACACAACGACUGGACCUCCUCCAACCACGGGACCUCCUCCAACCACAAUUCUACCUACCACGUUGGGCCCACCCACAACAACGCCUGAAUGUAUAGAAGGGCAAUCCAAGGCACAAGACUGCUUUUCAUUUUAUUGUUAUAACGGACACUGGCAGCACUUUGAGUUCAUUAGAAGCGAACACUGUUGCAAGACACACCCCAAUCCACACCCUGUGUGUUACAUAAUGUUCCCAGAAUUGGGGCCUGGACCAUCGUGGCUUGGUUAAGCAACACAAUGUUUACAUUGGGAAGAAUUAAACCUGGCUUGUCAGAAACUCUAUAUAGAAUAUUAACAGGGAACGUUUAAUGAAACCACUAAUUACUGUCAA